AUGACACACGUCUUACCGGUAUGGCGGGGUCGAGAGGAUAAAGAACGCAUCGGGACCCUACUGGAAGAAUUACAGAAAGCAAGUGAAGAGAGUCAAUUUUAUCAAGCCUACAGCGCAAACUUGCAGGAUGAUUUGGGGAGGGCAAGGACAGAGGGUCGAGAGGAUAAAGACCGCAUCAAGAAGUUACAGGAAGAAUUAAAGAAAGCAAAGAAAGAGGUUCAACUUUAUCAAGCCUGCAGCGCAAACUUGCCGGAUGAAUUGCAGAGUGCAAGGACAGAAAGUAGCGGUGCUAUGCAGUAUCAACCACAGACACAGGGCUUCAAUAUGCAGAUGAACUGGCCAUCGGUAAAUCCACCAAUAAACAACUGUCAGAGGACCUGCCCUGAAUGUCAGUAUGAAGGGAAUGACUUCAUAUUUGUCCGCUUCUAUGCCCCAUUCGGUUCUAGAGUCACCGAUUAA